AUGAAGUUUACCAAGCCAGCAUGGGUCAUUCAUAAAGACUCUGCCAUGAAGGGCGAGCAGGAGAAGAGGGUGACUAUCUUCUCCGUGCAUGUCCAUCCAGACGGUUCGCGGAUAGCCACAGGCGGCCUCGACGCGAAGGUCCGCAUCUGGAGUACCAAACCAAUCCUCAACGAAGCGUCCGAGGCGUCAGGAAGGCCUCCGAAGAGUUUAAGCACGCUCACAAUGCACACGGGACCCGUCCUUGUCGUACGAUGGGCGCAUUCAGGGCGGUGGCUAGCGAGUGGCAGCGACGACGAGAUUGUGAUGAUUUGGGACCUUGACCCUUCCGCCAAGGGCAAGGUUUGGGGUUCUGACGAAGUCAACUUCGAGGGAUGGAAGCCUCUCAAACGGCUGCCAGGGCACGAGAGUGAUGUCACGGACAUGGCAUGGUCACCUGCAGACCGCUACCUCGCUACAGUUGGACUGGACUCGUGUGUUCUAAUCUGGUGUGGCUACACCCUCGAACGUUUGCGAAGAAUAGACCAGCACCAAGGGUUCGUCAAGGGCGUUUGCUGGGACCCCGUAGGAGAGACGACGGACUGGCAGCUGGAGGCUGAGGUCCGAAAGCCGUUCGAUCAUUCUCCAGGAACAUUCUUUAGGCGAUUGAGCUGGUCGCCCGACGGCGCACACAUCACAGCUUCGAAUGCCACGAACAAUGAGGGAUACGUCUUCAUCGCUGCCGUGAUCGCUCGCAAUACCUGGACAUCGGAGAUCAGCCUGGUGGGCCAUGAGAAUACUGUUGAAGUCGCCGCAUACAAUCCGCACAUAUUCCUUCGAGAUACGUCGCAGCCUGUGGUUGCGUCAAACAUCUGCUCUGUGGUUGCGCUAGGAGCCGACGAUCGCGCGGUAUCAGUAUGGCAGACCAAGUCGGCGCGGCCGCUGAUCGUCGCGAAGGAGGUCUUUGAGAGGCAAAUUAUGGACCUCAGCUGGUCGCAGGAUGGUCUCACGUUGUACGCCGUCUCUUCCGACGGCACGAUGGCCGUGUUCAGCUUCGACUCGGAGGAACUAGAAGGGAUCGCCCCCCAGUCCGCGCAGGAACAGUACCUCAAGAAGUUCGGCUUCAUCCCGCCGCCUCUGCCCACCGGCUACGCGCACCAAGUGGCCCUCGAGGCCCAGCGGGCCGCGGGCAAUGCACGCAUGACGCCGCCGCCGUCGCCCGGGCGCGCGGAGGCCAAGUCGAUGCAGACGCAGACAGGGUUCGGCGCGGCCGCGAACGGCGGGGAGCAGAUCAACCAGCUCGUCGCGAAGCGGAAGGCGAAGAAGCGGAUCCAGCCGGGCUUCGUCGGCGCGUUGCCGGGCUCCGUGCCCUCUGCGGCGAACGUACCCUCCGCGGGCGCGCCCACUGAGCAAGCUGGCCCGUCGUCCCGCCCGCCGGCGUCGCAGCAGCAACAGCGGUUCGGGGGGAUCGCGGACCUCACGAGAGACGAUGCCGACCGCGACGUGGAUAUGUUCCCAGGCGACUGGAGCACGGACGUGCAGAUCGCCGCGCUGGAGACGGGCAGGGGCAAGCGGAAGACGCUGGAUGGCGUCGAUGACCGCGUCGCGACCAAGCCGCGGACGCUUGGUGGCGACCGUGUGAGGGACAAUGUGCUCGUGCGGGAGGUUUCUGGGCCGGUCGGCGCUGGAGGAGGGCUGGGUCUGUGGGGCGAACAGAGCAGUGUGAUGGGCAGACUGCAGGUGCCGCCUGUGUUGACGUACAUCAAGGCGUCGGUCGAAGGCAGCGAAGACGUGCUUGAAGGGAGGAAUGCGGACGACGGUUCCCCUACUGAGGUGAUAUAUGUGAGCGGGAAACAAACGCAGUGGCUCGAUUAUCUGCCGUCACCUGUCGUGGCUCUCACUGCGACUGCCCACUUCUGUGCCGUCGCAAUGCAAGACGGUUCGGUGAAUGUCUAUUCCCCAACGGGCCGCCGUUUGAUGCCUACGCUGUCACUAGGGUCGCCGUGUACGUACCUCAGCGGAGCGAAGUAUUCACUCAUGCUUGUGACUGCAUCGGGAAUGCUCUACGUAUGGAACGUCAAGAAGCAAGCAGCAGCUUUCCCGGCAACGUCGGUGCUGCCCAUCCUGGGAUCGUCGCCCAACACCACGAUCGUGCACGCCGUCGUCCGGCCAAACGGCGCGCCGGUGAUCCAAUUGUCAACCAGCGUCGCACAUACGUGGGACGCUGCACUUUCGGCAUGGGUGAAGCUCAGUGAUGCCUGGUGGGCCGAAGGCUCUGAUGCGUGGCAAGGUCGCCAACGUUCCGGCCAGUCAGCCGCUCGCGGCGUACGCGGCGGCCGACAAACACGGCCGUCGUGGUGGCACACCGCGCUCACCUUGGGCCAUCUCGAAACCAAAUUGCAUGCUGCGAAGGCGCUGGAGAGUCCGCAGGAGUACAAGCAGCGGAUAGCUGACGAGGGCUUCAGAGCUAAGGCAGAGGAGCUUGUGAAGGAGCUCUUCGGCCCUGUGUACUGGUGAGCGACCCGGCCGAGAUGAUGGAUGGUCACUACAACGCUCGGGUUGUCGAAGCGGGAUCUUCUCAGAGACGUGCUCGCCAUCUUCGCUCGUAGCAAGACGCUCACGAAGCUCGCCCUGGACUGGCAAGAUAUACUCAAAAGGCGUCGAACGAGGAAGUAUGAUCCAAAGCUUAGCUCCAGGUGACUGAGCGUGGCCUGUUAACAUAUUGGUCUUGCUAUUGUAUAUCCUUAUGCUGUGAGUUUCUUGGGUUCUUACGAUGUGACUGCAUCAUCGCUUGAAGGAGCGAACAAUCGUGGACGUUCACGUGUCUUCGCAUUUGCUAAGAUGCUCAAUUAAAUGAGGUAAUGUGAUGUAUCCCAUCCACUCACAUCCACUCACUGUGCAUAUCAAUAGGU